CACUGCGCUUCUUGGUAAGACCCCGGUUGUCGAGGCGAGGCCGAUCCCAUUUGAGCUGACACUUGUGCUGUUCCUUGUCUGAACCGACCGGUCCCGGUAUAGAGCGAUCCGUGUUCUCUGUCACAUUACAUCAGGUCACAUUCACUUCCAGCACCGUCCAUUGUGAUUCACUGUCAUAUACUGUACAGCCUUCUCCUGAGCAGCACCAGCCCAAGCCUGAAUGAGAAGAUGGAACAAGUGGGGAUCAUAACACCCGAAGUCCGGCCGAGCCCAUGGGGUUUACCUACAAAACCUGUCCAGCAGUGCUCACUGGCCGACGUCAUGAGUGAGGAACUCGCCAGAGAACUUCAGCUGGAAGAGCAGAGCCAUGUGUUCCCCCCGGAAGUUGUAUCUGAGGAUGGGCCUUUCCUGACUUCUGAGAACAUUGAUACGUCCAGUGAUGAAGUGUUGGCUCAGAUGCUGCAGAUGCAGUUUGAUAAGGAAUUUGAUGCUCAGCUGAUAAGAGAAGAGAAGAAGUUUAAUGGUGACAGUAAAGUUUCAAUAUCUUUCGAGAACUACCGAAAGGUGCACCCAUGUGAAGACAGUGACAGCUCAGAAGAUGAAGUGGAUUGGCAGGACACCCGUCAUGACCCAUACAAAGCUGUUAAGCCCACCACAACACCAAAGAAAGGAUUCAUAGGAAAAGGGAAGGACAUAACAACAAAACAUGAUGAAGUGGUUUGUGGCAGGAAGAACACUGCUCGCAUGGAAAAUUUUGCACCAGAGUUUCAGGUCGGUGAUGGAAUUGGAAUGGACUUAAAACUCUCCAACCAGGUUUUUAAUGCAUUGAAGCAACACUCCAUAUCUGAGCAGCGCAAGAGUGCCAGACUACACGACAAGAAGGAAGUCUCCACUACUGAGAAAGCAGUGGACCCCAAGACCAGGCUGCUGUUAUACAAGAUGGUGAAUGCUGGGGUUCUGGAAACUAUUAAUGGCUGUGUGAGCACUGGAAAAGAGUCCGUUGUUUUUCAUGCAAAUGGAGGAAGUAUGGAAGAUCAAGAAUUGCCUUCUGAAUGUGCCCUCAAGGUGUUUAAGACCACUUUAAAUGAGUUUAAGAAUAGGGAUAAAUAUAUAAAGGAUGACUACAGGUUCAAGGAUCGCUUCAGCAAGCUCAAUCCACGUAAAAUCAUUCGCAUGUGGGCAGAAAAAGAAAAGCAUAACUUGAAGAGAAUGGCAAAGGCUGGAAUUCCUUGCCCUGAAGUUGUCAUGUUAAAGAAGCAUGUUCUGGUUAUGUCCUUUAUUGGAAAGGAUCAGAUGCCUGCUCCUACACUAAAAGAAGCAAAGCUUAGUUUGGAGGACUCCAAAGCUGCCUAUUACCAAGUUCUUGCAAUGAUGAAGCUGCUCUACGACAAGUGCAACCUUGUACAUGCCGAUCUGAGUGAAUAUAACAUGUUGUGGCAUGAAGGAAAGGUGUGGCUUAUCGAUGUGAGUCAGUCUGUGGAGCCCACUCACCCCCAUGGGUUGGAGUUUCUAUACAGAGACUGUAGGAAUGUUUCCCAGUUCUUCCAGAAAUGUGGUGUUUCAGAGACUCCCAAUGAACGAGAGCUUUUCAAUAUAGUGUCUGGGCUAAAUAUUGCAUCCGACAAUCAGGUGGACUUCAUGGCAGAGAUUGAAGUUCUUGAGAAGGCGAAUGAAGACCAUGUCCAAAAUCAUGGAAAGAAGAUUUCAAUGUUCCAGAAGGAUGAUGAUGGCCCUCCACGAAUCUUUGAUGAAUAACCCCAAUGCUACAUAUGCUCUAAAUAAAAGCAACCAAAAAAGUAAAGCAAAAAUAGCCGGCUGUGUUCCUACAGCACUAAUGCAGCGGUUAUCAUCCCUGCUCAAUGCAGGUUGGAAGGGCCGAACCAGAUCUCUGGGCACCCUAAAGAACAAACCUCCUGAAAAUGUUUUUUAACUUGUGGCUUGAACACAAAGUGAGACUGAGAUGGCACAAACAGCAGAAAGUGCUGGGUGUGUGUUUUUAAAGUUUAGAUAAAAUGCUUGGCUCCUAUACUUCUUAUUGUGGUGCUGUUUGAUGUAGAAGUAAAUGGAUCAAUAGAGUGCUUUGCAUUUAGGGUGGCUCACAAAGGCAUCUUCAUCUUUUUAUCGACAACAGGUCUUGCAAAUUGAAAUGAGUGACUUUAAGUAAAACAGUCUUGUACUCAUGAUCAGACAUGGACUAUAUGUCCACCAGAUAGCAUAAAAACAUAUUUAGCUACAUUAACUGCAUUUAUUAUGUUGCCUGUAAUGGGUAGGAGCAGGUGGUGUUCUAUGUUUUCAUAAAUUGCUUAUUACAUUAUGCUUAACUAGGAUCUCAUAGCAUUGAGUAAAUGUGUGGAGUAAUUUCUGUAAGACGCCUGUAAUGUCAUGAUUGAUAAAUAAAAACCAUAUAGACUGUA